AUGGCUCAUAGAUUAUUAGUCAAUGUGAUAUUCACAGGUGCCUCUGUUUUUGGCAAAGCAUUCACUGAAGCAUACAAGCAAGCCGCUAAGGCUUCAGCUGCAGGCGCAGCCGCAGGUGGCCCAGCUAAAGCAGCAUCGAUGGGUGGUAUUUCCACUGAGGAAUCACUCAAGAUCUUGAAUAUUGACAAGAAGGAUUUGACCUUGGAAAAGGUUGACGAAAAGUACAACUAUUUAUUUGAGGUCAACUCAAAAGAGCAAGGAAAUUCGUUCUAUUUACAGAGCAAGAUAUAUUAUGCGAUGGAUACAUUAAAGAAAGAGCUAGAGUAUCUUGAAAAAGUGAAACAAAAUAAAGAAGGUGGAGGAAGCAGUUCGCCGACUAGUUGA